AUGCCUUCUAGAAGCAAUCACAUUUGGAAUCGAUCUCUGAUGCGAUCGCUGGUCAAAGAAGGACACAAUGUAACAGCAUUGAGUGUGGAAACAGAUAAACCUUCAAAAAAUCUGCAUUAUAUACCUUUAGAUGGUGUAAAUGAAAAAAUACAACAAAUGUAUAAUAAUGUCGACUACGAAUCCAUAUCGGAUUAUAUGCAAUUAAUUAAUAUUUUGGCAAUGUACGAGUUCUUCAAUUUGGUUUGUAAAACAGCAUUGCAGUCUGAAGGAGUGAAAGUGUUGUUAAAUUAUCCAAGGGAUUCAUUUGACCUAGUGAUACAUGAUUAUACAUGUGGACAAUGUCUCUUGGGAUUUGUUAAUUAUUUUAAUAACCCGCCCCUGAUAUCCAUAACUCCUUUAAGUACGCCAACUUAUACCCUUUUUGUAUCAGGAAAUACUCAUUUUCCGUCUUAUAUGGUUCAUCCUUCUUCCAAAUAUGAUGGACCGAUGACAUUUGUUCAAAGAGCGGUCAACUUAUUCUUGCACGCAGCCGAAUGGAUGUACAGGACGUUCGUGUUUAUGAGACAUGAAAAUUUGAGAGCAAGAGAAUUUUUUGGCGAAUAUAUAGUCAAAAAUUUAGAAUCUAUCGAGCAAAACACUAGUGUUGUAUUCACAAAUUCUGAUCCAAAUUUGGACAUGUCUCAUCCGUUGAUGCCUAAUAUUAUACCACUCGCUGGUUUGCAUAUCCAGAAACCAUCUAUAAAAAAUAUUCCAGAGAAAAUUCUUAAAUUUUUGAAUGAAUCUUCAAAUGGUGCCGUUUUAUUCAGUUUGGGAAAUGGAAUACGAAGUGAGCUUAUGAGCGAAGAAAAGAUUGAAAUGUUUUUAGAUGCUUUUGGAAAAUUAUCUGAAUAUAGAUUUGUUUGGAAAUUUGGAAACGAAAGUCUUAUUAAAAAGCUGCCUACUAAUGUGAUAAUACAUAAAUGGAUACCGCAAAAUGAUAUUUUAGCUCAUAGAAAUGUGCGUUUGUUCAUCUCACAUGCUGGUCUUCUGAGUAUUCAAGAAGCGGUUUAUAAUGCUGUGCCAAUUCUGGGAUUACCAUUCUUUGCAGAUCAGCAUAAAAAUAUUCAUAAAACUAGCCGAGAUAAUGUCUCAUUAACACUGGAUUACAAUACUAUUACGAGUGAAGUAUUGCAAACAAAAAUUCGGCAAAUGCUGACAGACAGCAGUUUUCAGAGAAACAUGGGGAAACUUUCCGCACGUUUCCACGACAACUUGAACACACCUGUAGAAAGGGCUUUCCACUGGGUGAGCUACGUCUUGAAACACGAUGGUGCCCUUCACAUGCGAAGCCCUUCUGUUGGAAUGUCAUUGAAGAAAUUGCUGAUGUUCGAUGUGUUAUCCUUACUAGUUUUGGUCGUAUUAAUUAUCGCUUUCAUAGUAUACCGAAUAAUUAGAUUUCUCGGCAUUGGACAAAGACCAAAAAGAAAACGCGAUUGAUUUCAUGAAUUAGGCAUUAUUUGAAAC